CAUCUGAAAGUCAUUUAUUUCGUCUUGAACCCGGCUUGGAGAGAAGAACCCUGCAAACAUGCCGGCUGUGUCGAAAGGAGACGGAAUGCGAGGAUUAGCGGUGUUCAUUUCGGACAUCAGGAACUGUAAGAGUAAGGAAGCUGAGAUUAAACGCAUAAAUAAAGAGUUGGCCAACAUCCGCUCAAAGUUUAAAGGAGACAAGGCGUUGGAUGGAUACAGCAAGAAGAAGUAUGUGUGCAAGCUGCUCUUCAUCUUCCUUCUCGGCCAUGACAUCGACUUCGGCCACAUGGAGGCUGUCAACCUGCUUAGCUCCAACAAAUACACAGAGAAACAGAUUGGAUAUCUGUUCAUCUCUGUGCUGGUGAACAGUAAUAGCGAACUGAUCAGGCUGAUCAACAAUGCCAUUAAGAAUGACCUGUCCAGCCGUAACCCCACCUUCAUGUGUCUGGCUCUGCAUUGUAUCGCCAAUGUGGGCAGCAGAGAGAUGGCCGAGGCCUUCGCUGGAGAGAUCCCACGCAUCCUUGUGGCCGGGGACACAAUGGACAGUGUGAAGCAGUCAGCUGCGCUUUGUCUGCUCCGCUUGUAUAAGACCUCCCCUGACCUGGUGCUUAUGGGUGAAUGGACCUCUAGAGUGGUGCAUCUGCUCAAUGACCAGCACAUGGGUGUAGUCACCGCUGCCAUCUCUUUGAUCACCUGUCUCAGCCAGAAGAACCCUGAUGAGUUCAAGACCUGUGUGUCACUUGCCGUGUCUAGGCUCAGCAGGAUUGUGUCCUCAGCCUCCACUGACCUGCAGGACUACACCUACUACUUUGUUCCUGCCCCGUGGUUGUCCUGCAAGCUGCUGAGACUUCUGCAGUGCUACCCACCCCCUGAGGAUGGUGCUGUGAAGGGACGGUUGGUUGAGUGUCUGGAAACCAUCCUCAAUAAAGCCCAAGAGCCACCCAAAUCCAAGAAGGUUCAGCACUCUAAUGCCAAGAAUGCCAUCCUGUUUGAAGCCAUUUCUCUUAUCAUUCACUAUGACAGCGAGCCGAAUCUUCUUGUCCGGGCAUGUAACCAGCUGGGCCAGUUCUUACAGCACAGAGAGACCAACCUGCGCUACUUGGCUCUGGAAAGCAUGUGCACCCUUGCCAGCUCAGAAUUUUCCCAUGAGGCAGUUAAAACUCACAUAGAGACAGUCAUCAAUGCCCUGAAGACUGAGAGGGAUGUCAGUGUCCGUCAGAGAGCUGCUGACCUCCUUUAUGCCAUGUGUGACCGCAGCAAUGCCAAGCAGAUUGUGGCCGAGAUGCUGAGUUACCUAGAGACAGCCGACUACUCUAUUAGAGAGGAAAUGGUACUGAAGGUGGCCAUACUGGCAGAGAAAUAUGCAGUAGAUUACUCCUGGUAUGUGGACACCAUCCUGAACCUAAUCCGCAUCGCUGGUGAUUAUGUCAGUGAGGAAGUGUGGUACCGCGUCAUCCAGAUCGUCAUCAACCGUGAUGAUGUGCAGGGAUAUGCAGCCAAGACGGUCUUUGAGGCUUUGCAGGCUCCAGCUUGUCAUGAGAAUAUGGUGAAGGUUGGUGGUUACAUCUUGGGAGAGUUUGGAAACCUUAUUGCUGGCGAUCCUCGGUCCAGCCCUCUGGUUCAGUUUAACCUGCUCCACUCCAAGUUUCACCUGUGCUCAGUCCCCACGCGUGCCCUGCUGCUGUCAGCCUAUAUUAAGUUCAUUAAUUUGUUCCCGGAGACAAAGAGCACCAUUCAGGAAGUGCUGCGCUCCGACAGCCAGAUCAGAAACAGUGAUGUCGAGCUGCAGCAGAGAGCAGUCGAGUAUCUCAAACUGUCCUCCAUCGCCAGCACUGAUGUCCUGGCCACAGUGCUGGAGGAGAUGCCUCCGUUCCCAGAGAGAGAGUCGUCCAUCCUGGCCAAGCUGAAAAAGAAGAAAGGACCAGGAGCCGUGUCUGUAAACGAAUUAGAGGAGGGAAAGAGAGAGGGAGGAGAACUCAAUGGAGGAGGAGGAGAGAGAGGAGGAGACAACUCCACCAUUGCUGCAUCUAAUGCUUCCACUCCGUCCCCGUCCGCCGAUCUGCUGGGGCUCCGCACGGGUCCCCCAGUUAGUGCCGCCCCUCCCAGUGCAGGCAGCUUAUUGGUUGAUGUUUUCUCGGAGGCUGGUGUCAAUGAUGAUGGCUUCCUGAGAGAUCUGGAGCCCCCCACUGAAAGCUCUGACUCCCUAUUGGCUGAGGGUCCUGGUGACUCUGACUCUGCUCCUCCCUCUGCGGUCUCUGAAGAUGCUGCUCCUCCUCUGCCUGAGUCAAACGAACUGCUCAACAAGUUUGUGUGCAAGAACAAUGGAGUUCUGUUUGAGAAUCAGCUGCUACAGAUCGGCAUAAAGUCUGAAUAUCGCCAGAACCUGGGGCGGAUGUAUCUAUUCUAUGGCAAUAAGACAUCGGUGCAGUUUGUAACUUUCACAACCACAGUCAGCUGCCCUGGAGAGCUGCAGUCUCAGCUCAAUGUUCAGGCUAAACCAGUGGAACCGCUCAUAGAAGGGGGUGCUCAGGUGCAACAGGUCAUCAACAUUGAGUGUCUGGGUGACUUCUGUGAUGCACCGCUCCUCAACAUCAAGUUCAGGUACGGCGGAGCUCUCCAGAACCUCUCGCUAAAGCUGCCCGUUACCAUAAACAAGUUCUUCCAGCCCACAGAGAUGGCAUCACAUGACUUCUUUCAGCGCUGGAAACAGCUUAGCCAGCCUCAGCAAGAAGCACAGAAGAUCUUCAAGGCCAGCCAUGCCAUGGACACUGAGGUGAUCAAAGCUAAGUUACUGGGAUUGGGCAUGGCUCUCUUGGAAAACGUGGAUCCGAACCCGGAGAACUUUGUGUGCGCAGGAGUGAUCCAAACCAAGGCCCAGCAAGUGGGUUCCCUGCUAAGACUCGAGCCCAACGCACAAGCUCAGAUGUACCGGUUGACUCUACGCAGCAGUAAGGACACAGUCUCCAAGCGUCUUUGUGAGCUGCUGGCGGAACAGUUCUAGAAAGCGAGCCGAGACUAGAACCGACACCCAGACCAGACCAGCGUUCCACCUGAGAGACCCCAAAAUUAAAGAUUCUACAAAAAGCAUUCAUGCAUAAGGGAAAAAGUAGCUGUCAGCCUCUGGCAGCCAUAUUACUGUCCUUCUGAUAAUGAUUAUUAUUACUGUUAUUAUCAUCAGCGCUGCCCUUCUUGUUUUUAUCGGUGUUUACCUGUGUGUGUGUGAGAGUGAUGGAACGAAAGACAAGGUGUGCGAGUGUUUGUUUUUUUUCGUACAGGUGUGAAAGAGUCAUGGUGAUUGUUCCGUUCUCCGUCCUGCCUGUUCAACGAUCAACUCCUGUGCUUGUGUUGACAGCUGGUGUGUGUGUGUGUGUGUGUAUAUUGUGGGUUAAGGGAGAAAAGUCCAGCAAAAAGAUGGAAGUGGCGCAAGUCUUCCCCCUCUCCUGUUUUAUCCAUGCAAAAACUGCACAUUCGCUGUUUCUUUGGAACAUUCCUUGUAAGAGCAUUCGGCAGGACAAGAAAAAACACAAUCUCAAUACACUAACGCAAUGGCACUUGUCUAAAAGAGGCCAGAAUCACUAACCCCUCAUCGCUUUAUCUCUCGCUUUACUGAAAUCGGAGCCAUCGGUGUACAUAGAAAAAAGAAAAUUCCACAUGCAUUUCCAAUUUAGCGCACCGUACGACGUAGAAAUGGCCAGUGCACUUUAAGAGGCUUUGAGAGGAAAGGCUUUUAUAGUCCCAAUCCCCUUUUUCCUGUUCUUGUCCUAUGUAUUCAGUACUCGUCCUGACCCCCAUAUCUGACAAUGUUAUUAUUGAGAAGAAAAAAAACAAAUCUCUAUAUAUAAAUAUAUAUAAACCAUGUAAAUGAUUACCCUUCAUGGUUGCAUUUGUAUGUCUCUUUCUUGUUUUUGAUAGUGGUAUAAUGUCAGUGUGUUUGUAUGCUUUCUUAAAUGGUCUAAUGUUUUUGCUCUUGUUUUGGACAUUCCAUUCUGUACUACGAGUGAAUGGGCAUAACGUUUCAGGUUAGUCGUACAGUGUUAACGGAGCAGGGGAGGAAAGAAUCAGAAAGCUGAGGCGAGGAUGGGUCCGGUGGUGUGUGAGUUUCUGCACAUGAAGAGUGCAACUGCUGUGGACCUUCAUGUAAAUGUCGUUUCUUUUUUUUUGUUUUUGUAAAAUUGUUAAAAAAUACAUCUGGAGGAGGUCGACAACGUCUGUCGCUCUUCCAGCACAGUUAUUGACUGAAAUGAAUAGUAGAUAGUGGUUACCUCAUUACUAAAUCCUCACACACACACUCUAUUAACUUUUCGAGUGGCGACUGGCCACAGCUGGAGACCCAUACUUUUUUCUUUCGCAGCGAUAAAACCUGGGAAAGCACUUAGUUUUGUGACAUGCACACAUUCUUAGGCUGGGAGGAGGACAGGGGCUUAAAGGGGAGCACUGGACCAAAGCAGCUGCCAACUGUCAAUCACAUACAGGGAUCAUUAGGGUUUUGGUCAGCAAGUGUGUGGCGUUAAUCUGUCUGAUCCAUGUGGAGAAAAAAAAAUGAUGGAAUUUCUGCGACAUUGUCGUUAUUAGUUGAGCUGGGGGUCUCGCUUCCCUUGAUGCUGAGAUGCAGUACUGGGGACUUCGUCAUUGUAGUUGAAUAGAGUCACAGUCAUGGCGUGUGUGUGUGUUUCUGUGUGUGCGUGUGCGCGUGUCUAUGCAGUAUCCGCUAGCUAAUGCAGCCCCGGUGUAUCGCUGUUCAACCUGUCAGAUACCUGUGUUAGAUUAAAUUUACUCUGUACUGAAUAAUGUGAAAGUAAAAUUAUGCCAUAUACUCGAA